GUUAGUCGUCUCUUUCAGUCAACUUAAAAUAUUAGCUAAAACCAUCCCGACCAGCAGGCCAAAGAAUCUAAUCUACAAAACAUCUUCAAAUCCUUAAGACAAAAAAGAUCCGAAACUCAAAAUGGAUCAAGAUCGAGACCAUGGUGGAAGAAACUGUUGUAGCUGCUGCUUUAGCUUCAUCUUCACGGCAGGUCUCACCUCUCUUUUCCUAUGGCUAAGCCUUCGUCCCGACAAACCCAAAUGCUCCAUCGAAUACUUUUACCUUCCUGCCCUCAACAAAUCCUUAGACUCACAUUCACGUCUCAACACCACUCUCAACUUCAUGGUUCGUCUCUCUAAUCCAAACAAAGACCAAGGUAUUUACUACGACGACGUCCACCUCUCUUUCUCCACCAACAGCUCCUCUCUCGUUAACUACACAGUGCCAAGAUUCUACCAAGGACACAAGAAGAAGGCCAAGAAGUGGGGUCAGACUGUGUCUUUGAACAACCAGACGGUUUUACGAGCGGUUUUGCCUAAUGGGUCGGCAUUUUUUAGGAUGGAUCUGAAGACGCGGGUGAGGUUCAAGAUUGUUUUCUGGAAGACUAAGAGGUAUGGAGUUGAGGUUGGUGCUGAUGUUGAAGUCAAUGCAGAUGGAGCUUGCUAAAUGAAGGAAAAUGCGUAGCGAAAAGAUAACAUGCGACAGGAACUGGUCUUGUGCUGCCAUUUUAUAUUUUAUCUUGCACCGGAUCGGAACAACCUAUCCAUACAUUUGAUUGACUAUAGAAUUCUUGGAGGUUCUGUUUCUAGUUUUCAGAUAGUGAUGUUUUGCUUUUAAACAGGUAAUCAAAUGUAACCAAAAUUAGUUUUCCUU